AUGGCACUAGCUUGCAAGACCGCCGACCUCCUUGCCCUCGCCACCCACGCCCUAAACCACCUCACCUCACCCAACCAACACGCUCUCCUCACAGCCUCUGAGCGCAGGUCCGCUCUGCAGCAGCUCGUCGCGACCGCCGAAGGCGCAGCCAAGCUUGCCGAGGUCGCGCACGCGGAAACACUGCCUGUCGAUACCGAGAGGAUCCGCGCCGAGACGGAGAGACUGAGGGCGGAAGCGGCGAAGGUAGGGAAGGAGGUGGAGAGGGCGGUGGUGGAGACGGAGAGGCUCAAGGCCGAGGCGAUGGUGGUGAGGAGCGUGAAGAUGAGGAUUGAUGCGGAUACGGAGCGGAUGAGGGUGGAGGCGGAGGGGGGAGGAGUGGGGAGAUGA